AUGAAACGCUGGUUAAAACCAAAUGUAUCCGCUUCAGACGAAGCAAAUGAAAGACCCUCGACUUCAAAGGUUAAACGUCGUAAGUUUUCCGACGAAUACUUAGCUUUUGGUCUCUCAAGUAUUACUUUGAACGGCGAAGAAAGACCUCAGUGCGUCAUAUGCUACGAAUUUUUGUCGAAUGAGUCAAUGAAACCGGCCAAACUUCGACGUCAUUUAGAAACUAAACAUCAAGAACUGUGUGAAAAAUCUAAAGCCUUUUUCAAAAUCAAAGCCACGGAAUUGAAACGAAGCAAAAAAACAAUGAUGAAGACUGCUACUGGAACCAAUAACGAAAGUGCUGUAUUAGCAUCAUACCAAGUAUCCUUAUUAGUUGCAAAAAGUGGCGAGCCUCAUACCAUUGCUGAAGAAUUGAUAUUACCGUGCGCUAAAAUUAUGGUUUCGGCUAUGUUGGGAGACAAAGCUUCGAAAGAAUUGAAUGUUAUAUCAUUAUCGAACAGCACAGUGAAGAAGAGAAUUGAUGACAUGUCCAAGAAUGUUGAAGAGCAGCUGAUUCUGAAUAUUAAAGCGAGCAGAUUUUAUGCUCUGCAACUAGAUGAGAGCACAGAUAUUAGCAAUGACGCAAACUUGCUUGCAUAUGUUCGUUACGAGCACAACGACAGCAUUAGUGAGGAUUUUUUAUUCUGUAUGCCUCUGCCAUCACACACUACAGGUGAAGCAAUAUUUGAAGUAUUGAACAACUCUAUGUCCACCAAUGAAAUAACGUGGGAUAAAUGUGUGGCAGUCAGCACCGACGGUGCUGGGGCUAUGACCGGUACACGAAUAUGUCUCCAGGCGCACGUGAAGAAAAUGAAUACAUCUAUUAUCUGGCAUCAUUGCUGCAUUCAUGGGGAGGCAUUAGCUGCUAAGAAUAUGCCAGAAGAAUUAAAAGCAGUGUUAGACGACUUAGUGCGGGUGGUGAAUUUCAUUAAAGCUAGGCCUCUGAAUUCCCGUAUUUUCGGCAUCAUUUGUGAAGAAAUGGGAAGCAUUCACAAGCAGUUGUUGUUGCAUGCUGAGGUGCGUUGGUUGUCUCGCGGCAAAGUUGUGUCGCGUGUUUUUGAGCUGAGAGAUGAGAUAAGAAUGUUCUUUUUGAACAAUUCUGUUAGCAGCGUCCAUAAACAUGCUGCUCACUUCGAUGACUUUGGAUGGCUCACAAUGGCAGCAUAUUUAGCUGAUAUUUUCAGUGCCCUUAACGAUCUUAACUUGGGUUUACAAGGGAGAGAUAACAACAUAUUCCAAGUUGAAGAUAAAAUUGAAACGAUGAUAAAGAAGCUUAACCUUUGGACAAAUCGUACAAUUCAAAAAAACUUCAAUCACUUUCCUAUGCUGUCAGCGUUUUUGGAAUCCUCUGGUGGUGGAGCAAUGUUGCCAACAGAAGUACAAGACGAAAUCAUUAAACACCUCCGCGCGUGGAAGUCUUCGUUUCGGAGUUAUUUUCCAUUACCGAACAAAAAUAAAAAUUGGAUAAUAAACCCUUUCAACACUGAUGUUAGUGAUAUAACAGACUUGACAACUGCACAAGAAAACCAAUUAAUAGAAAUUUUUUGUGAUUCAGUUUUGAAACGAAAUUUCAAAGAAUCGUCUUCAUCAAGUUUUUGGAUUAAUGUGAGAAAUGAUUAUGAGGAAAUAUCAGAAGAAGCACUGAAACAUUUACUGCUUUUCUCAACCACAUAUCUAUGUGAGAAGGCAUUUUCUGCUCUUGUAUAUACUAAAACAAGUACAGAAACAGACUACAAGUGGAAUCCAGUCUGA